UCGGUGCCGAGUGCCCGCGCCAGCACGAGCCGUAACCGCAGCGCCAGCAGUCCCCGCCGGGACAUGAUCCUGCCCUGCGCCCUGGUGGUCGCGCUCCUGGCUGUCGGCCGAGCAGCCAAUCCUUGUUGUUCAAACCCAUGCCAGAACAGAGGAGUAUGCAUGACAACAGGGUUCGAUCGAUAUGAGUGUGACUGUACAAGGACGGGAUUUUAUGGGGAAAACUGCACAACACCGGAAUUCUUCACCUGGCUGAAGCUAACGCUGAAACCCACGCCAAACACUGUCCACUACAUUCUCACUCACUUUGAAGGGGUCUGGAACAUCAUCAACAACAUUCCCUUCUUACGGGAUGCUAUUAUGAGAUAUGUGCUUAUGUCAAGAUCACAUUUAAUUGACAGCCCACCAACUUACAACAGUGACUAUAAUUACAAAAGCUGGGAAGCAUAUUCCAAUCUCUCCUAUUACACAAGAAGCCUGCCACCAGUAGGACAUGACUGCCCAACACCAAUGGGUGUUAAAGGUAAGAAAGAGCUCCCAGAUUCAAAGCUGAUUGUGGAGAAAUUCUUGCUGAGGAGGAAAUUUAUUCCUGACCCACAAGGCACGAAUGUGAUGUUCACAUUCUUUGCUCAACACUUCACUCAUCAGUUCUUCAAGACAGACCACAAGAAAGGACCUGGCUUCACUAAAGCUCUCGGCCAUGGGGUUGACUUGAACCAUAUUUAUGGAGAGACUCUAGACAGACAACUUAAACUAAGACUUCUUAAGGAUGGAAAGCUAAAAUACCAGAUGAUUGAUGGGGAAAUGUAUCCACCCACAGUGAAGGACACUCAGGCCGAAAUGUUAUACCCUCCUCACGUUCCUGAACACUUGCAGUUUUCUGUUGGGCAGGAGGUGUUUGGUUUGGUUCCAGGUUUAAUGAUGUACGCUACAAUAUGGCUCAGAGAACACAAUCGAGUCUGUGACAUCCUGAAACAGGAGCACCCAGAAUGGGAUGACGAGCGACUAUUCCAAACUACUAGACUCAUAUUGAUAGGAGAGACAAUUAAGAUUGUUAUUGAGGACUAUGUACAACACCUGAGUGGCUACCACUUCAAACUGAAGUUUGAUCCUGAGCUGUUGUUCAACCAGCGCUUCCAAUAUCAGAACCGCAUUGCAGCUGAAUUCAAUACUCUGUACCACUGGCACCCACUUCUGCCAGACACUUUCCAGAUACAUGACCAGGAGUACACUUUCCAGCAGUUCCUCUACAACAACUCUAUAAUGCUGGAGCAUGGGCUUUCCCAUAUGGUGAAGUCUUUCUCCAAGCAAAGUGCUGGCAGGGUUGCUGGGGGAAAAAAUGUUCCUGCUGCAGUAGAGAAGGUAGCAAAAGCUUCGAUUGACCAAAGCAGACAAAUGAGAUACCAGUCCUUGAAUGAGUACAGGAAGCGCUUCAUGUUGAAACCGUUUAAAUCAUUUGAAGAACUUACAGGCGAAAAAGAAAUGGCAGCAGAACUGGAAGAGCUUUAUGGAGACAUUGAUGCUAUGGAGCUGUAUCCAGGCCUCCUCGUAGAGAAGCCACGGCCAGGCGCCAUCUUUGGCGAAACGAUGGUGGAAAUCGGAGCGCCGUUCUCCCUGAAGGGACUGAUGGGAAACGCUAUCUGCUCCCCUGAGUACUGGAAGCCCAGCACUUUUGGAGGAAAAGUAGGCUUUGAAAUAAUCAAUACUGCCUCCUUCCAGAAGCUCAUCUGCAACAAUGUGAAAGGCUGUCCUUUCAGUGCUUUCCAUGUCUUAAACCCUGAACCCACGGAGGCAACCAUUAAUGUUAGUACUUCAAACACGGCAAUGGAAGACAUCAACCCCACGUUACUACUGAAAGAGCGAUCUGCUGAGUUAUAAAGUGUGCAUCUAUUUAUUUAUUUAAUAAUAUAAAUUAUUGUAUUUAUAGCUUAAUUAUUAUUACUAUUUUUAAAAGCUCACAUGUCUUCACUUUGGAGUUUGCCCAGAUUUCUUACUCGGGUAAGGCUUCCAUUUACAAAAGGGAUUUUUCUGUGUUUGAGCUCAGGAGCAAAUCCCUUGUUUAAAAUCUUCUGUAGCAGAACUAGGUAUUCCAAAGUGGACAACGUUCCGGGUUUUUUAUAUCGCUUUCUUACUUGACAGAAAGGGCAUUUUUUUUGUUGUGGGUUUUUUCACUUUGUAAGUCACAACACUACAAAAGCAAGUUACUUUCUCAGCUCUUUAGACUUGAAAAUAGGCACUCAGACUAAAAGGACAAGAACUCGACUCACUGCAAUUGAUAAUUUUUGGCAGUUUUCAUUAUUGGCACUCCAAAGAUGAAUAAUAGGUACUUAACGCAACUUUUAAUGUAAACUCAGAAAAUGAGUUGCAUUUCCUCAUUGAUACUACCUCUCCUUUAUUGCAAAUAAGGCACUUUGUACAGUAACUUGCAGGUUCUCUUUUGUGUGUAAAUCUGUGCUUUCCUGUGGCAUUACACCUUAUUUUAAGGGAAUGGAACUUGCCUUGCAUCCUACUUCUGUAACACAUGCUUCAAAGCCACAAGUAUUAUUUGUGCUGGGAAUGAUCCUGGUGGUGCUGAGGCAGAAACAACUAACCAUCAGGCUGGAAUAUGAGGUUGCUUCUAUAUUGAUAGAGAAAUUUUAUUUUGCAAGUUUGGGGCUCUUACAGUCCAACAUAUUAGUGUUCUUUCCAUAGCUGUAACUUUCUGGUGUACUUGAUAAUGUAACUUUAAUCCCUGCCAUUUUAUGGACAAAUGGACAGUAUAGUUAAGGAUGUGACUCCAGUAUAGAACUAUCCUGGCUUCUUAGAAGUUAGUUAUCCUGGUUCUGAGCGUACCUCCAAAAACAAUGAUCUCAGUGAUGGUAUAGUAGAACUGGGAAGCUGUGUAACCAUGCACAGCAAAAAUGAAUCCUGAACUGAUUUAGUCAAGUCUUGGCACUACAAAAUUUUGCUAUGUUUGCAAGCUACAGUCAUGCCUUAGUUUUAUUUAUUUGGGAGUGGGAGAUGAAAUGUCCUGUUUAUAAAACAGGAACACUUUAACCAAAUAUUUUUGUGUUAACUGGCCAAUUCCUUUUAAGGUUGAAAGAUCCUAUACACAUUUUCCUGAUCCAGCACUAAACUCUCUAGUAUUACCUGGGCAUAUAAGAACUUGCACUUUUUUUUUUUUUUUUUUUUUUUUUUUUUUUUUUCCCAGUACUUCAACUUGCAUAGAAGGGUGUUUGGGGGUUUUUGGUUUUAGUUUCUGGAGGGGAAAUGCAGAAGAACAUCUUCCCCUAUAAAAACAGCUCUGGAACUACAGUGUUUUUUAAAGUCACCCCAGACUGCAGUAGAGAGGCAACACAAUAGUUUGUGCCAAGAAAAAGAUAAGUUCAUGACUACUUGCAAAAAGCUUAAUCUUGUACUACAUCUGACUCUUUGCAACCUCUUUGUUGAGGCUUGGUAACGCGUAAUAAGGACUACAGUACUAGAAGGGCUUGAUUGUGGCUUCUGUGUCCUUGUUAAAGACAUUGGCUAUCAUUUGCAGUGUAAGUUUGUAAUCCUUAAUGCAAAUACCUGAAUUUGGUAUUGAUUAUUACAGGACAUCCUGUGUCUGAUUUGAGAUUGUUUUUGAGAUAGAUGCCUUAGAGUUAGAAGGGGCAUUUAUUUUAUUUUUUUUUUUUUUUUUUUUUUUAUCUUCUACUUGAGGCACUAAGAUGAUGAGCUUCUGUUGCUUUCUAUUGAAAGGUGGUCAGCACAGUAAAGUGUCUGACAGAUGACCAAAUAAUUUAAUUGUCAUUCAAUUCUUGCAAUACCAUUUUUGGAAUAUACUUCUGCAGAGCAGCCUUCCACCACUGACAAGGAAAACUGUUUGCCUUAGAAAUGAAGCAACAAGAACUUAAACGUUUUUAAUUUUCUACCCCAAAAUGACUAAAGCUGUCUCCCUUUGAAUUUAAGUUAGAUAUAAGCUGCUUUGGAAAGGAAUCAUGUUCACUUUGCAUUUUGUACUUUGCAACCACGCUUUGGCAGUCAUUUGUGUUUCCCAACCUGCUGGGUUAGGCUGGGCUCAAGUUGCUGAUGAUAAAUGUGUAUGUAUGUCUGAGAUUAUUUAUUUAAAAUUCUGUGGAAUUGUUUUUCACUUUAUUUUUAUAGAACAAGAGUUUUUAAAAUGCAGUUGUUUCAAUAAAUAAAUUGAGAGUCUUA